UUCAUCUGUGCACUUGGGCGUUGGACCCCGCAUCUUAUUAGCAACCAGGGAGAUUUCUCCAUUUUCCUCUUGUCUACAGUGCGGCUACAAAUCUGGGAUUUUUUUAUUACUUAUUUUUUUAAAAAACUACACUUGGGCUCCCUUUUUUGUGCUCGACUUUUCCACCCUUUCCCCUCCCUCCUGCGCUGCUGCUUUUUGAUCUCUUCGACUAAAAUUUUUUUAUCCGGAGUGUAUUUAAUCGGUUCUGUUCCGUCCUCUUCACCACCCCCACUCCCCCCUCCCUCCGGAGUGUGUGCUGCUGCCGCUGCCGCCGCUGCUGCCGCCGCUACUGCUGCUCACCCCGUCGUUACACCAACCCGAGGCUCUUUGUUCCCCCCUUGGAUCUGUUGAGUUUCUUUGUUGAAGAAGCCAGCAUGGGUGCCCAGUUCUCCAAGACCGCUGCGAAGGGAGAAGCCACCGCGGAGAGGCCCGGGGAGGCAGCUGUGGCCUCGUCGCCUUCCAAAGCGAAUGGGCAGGAAAAUGGCCACGUGAAGGUAAACGGCGACGCUUCUCCCGCGGCCGCCGAGCCCGGUGCCAAGGAGGAGCUGCAGGCCAACGGCAGCGCUCCCGCCGCCGACAAGGAGGAGCCCGCGGCCGCCGGUAGCGGGGCGGCCUCGCCCUCCACCGCGGAGAAAGAGGAGCCGGCGGCCGCCCCCGAGGCCGGGGCCAGCCCGGCGGAGAAGGAGGCCCCCUCGGAGGGAGAGGCCGCCGAGCCCGGCUCGCCCACGGCCGCAGAGGGGGAAGCCGCGUCGGCUGCCUCCUCGACGUCUUCGCCCAAGGCCGAGGAUGGGGCCACGCCCUCGCCCAGCAACGAGACCCCGAAAAAAAAAAAGAAGCGCUUUUCCUUCAAGAAAUCUUUCAAGUUGAGCGGCUUCUCCUUCAAGAAGAACAAAAAAGAGGUGGGAGAGAGCGGUGAGGCCGAGGGCGCAGCUGGUGCCUCCGCCGAAGGCGGCAAAGACGAGGCCACUGGGGGCGCCGCUUCGGCCGCCGCAGAGGCGGGCGCGGCCCCCGGGGAGCCGGCGGGGGCGCCGGGCGAGGAGGCCACGGCGGGCGAGGAGGGGGCGGCUGGUGGCGACCCACAGGAGGCAAAACCCGAGGAGGCCACCGUCGCACCCGAGAAGCCGCCGGCCAGCGAGGAGGCCAAGGCCGUCGAGGAGCCCACCAAGGCCGAGGAGAAGGCAGAGGAGGCUGGGGCCAGCGCCGCCGCCUGCGAGGCGCCCUCUGCCGCCGGGCCCGGCGCGACCCCGGAGCAGGAGGCUACCCCGGCGGAGGAGGCCGCGGCCGCGGGGGUCUCAGCCUCAUCAGCCUGUGCAGCCCCCUCACAGGAGGCCCAGCCCGAGUGCAGUCCAGAAGCCCCCCCAGCGGAGGCGGCAGAGUAAAAGGGCAAGAUAUUUUGAGAUAAUCGAAGAACUUUUCUCCCCCGGUUUGUUUGUUGGAGUGGUGCCAGGUACUGGUUUUGGAGAACUUGUCUACAACCAGGGAUUGAUUUUAAAGAUGUCUCUUUUUGUUUUGUUUUGG